AAUCCUCCAGCUAGACAUGCCUGUAGUUUAUAUAACACAAAAAUCCCAAACGUGUCCUUAAACUCUCUCUCUCUCUCUCUUUCUCUCUCCGUGACUCAUGACCUCCACUAUUUCACUGUCUUCUCUGCUCCUUCGAGUACCCAUUUCCCCGCUCAAGUUUCUCUCCUUCACACUUCAACACAGAGAAUAACUAGAAAGUUGGGGUCUUUAGUGGUCAAUAGCAAUGAAAGGAGAACGGAAGAUGAUGAUAAAGUCCAAGAUGAAGUGGGUUGGUUUAGUCGGGCUAUUUCUAUCGGCUUUUUCCCUGUUUGUACAUUUCUUGCUUGCUAGAUUCACCGAGGAAGGCAUUACUGAUUACCAGUCUUCAGUCACGAUCUUUUCUUGGAGACCCGUCUUUGAAAAUCCUGACUUUGCCAAAAACAGUCCUUCGUACAGAAGAUUAUGGGGUCCAGUAAGGCGCCUUGAAUCUUUACAUCCAGAUGCAAAUCCCAGAGGAUAUUAUACUGAUCCCAGAUCAGAAUCAAGUGGGUAUGUCUUUGUUAGGAUACAAGGUGGAUUCCAUGAAAUAAGAAAUUCGAUAUGUGAUGUGGUUGUGAUUUCUCGGCUUCUUAAUGCUACUUUAGUUAUUCCUGAGAUCCAAUCAACCACUAGGAGCAAAGGAAUCAGCUCCCAGUUCAAGAGUUUUGCGUACCUUUAUAAUGAGGAUAACUUCAUGGCAGCUUUAGUGAAAGAUGUUAAAGUUGUGAAAACCCUUCCGCAAAAUCUUAAAGAAGCCAGGAGGCUAAAAAAGAUCCCAUCAUUCAGAGUGCCUAAUUCAGCUUCGCCAUAUUUUUAUUUGCAUCAUGUUCUCCCAGUGCUUAAUAAGCAUGUGGUGGUUGAACUAGUUGUUUCCGAUGGGGGAUGCUUGCAGGCUAUCCUUCCACCCCAACUUGAAGAAUAUCAAAGGCUGAGGUGUAGAGUUGCUUUUCAUGCCUUACGGUUUAGGCAAGAGGUCCAGGAACUAGCAACUAAAAUGUUGCAGAGGUUACGGGCUCCUGGCCAACCAUUUAUAGCCUUUGAUCCUGGUUUGACAAGAGAUGCCUUAGCAUACUAUGGCUGUGCUGAACUAUUCCAGGAUGUGCACAAUGAACUUAUUCAGCACAAACGAGCUUGGAUGAAGAAACGUGGGAUUGUUAAGGGGAAGCUUUCUGUAAAUUCAGCUGAACAACGUCUUAAUGGUUCAUGUCCAUUAAUGCCAGAAGAGGUUGGCAUUCUUCUACGUGCAUAUGGAUAUCCAUGGGACACUAUUUUAUAUGUCUCUGGGGGAGAAGUUUUUGGAGGCCAGCGGACACUGACUCCUCUUCAUGCCAUGUUUGAAAAUAUUGUUGAUAGAACUUCUCUCAGUGCUGCGUGGGAGCUAAAUAGAAUUUAUGGUCGUGAAGUGAACCUUGUUGACACUAAAUUAAGGGCUCCACCUUCUGUAGUGCAAGAAAAAAAGCAUGAAGUAUGGAAAAAUGAAGGCCCACGUCCCCGUCCACUUCCACCCCCUCCAGCUAGGCCUAAAUAUCCAUACAACAUUGAAGGGUGGUGGGGUUGGGUGGCUGAGAGUGAUAACGAGCCUGAGAGUACAGUAAUGGAGUUAAGGACUAAUGCCCAUAAACUAUUAUGGGAAGCAAUUGACUAUUUAAUUUGUGUAGAAGCUGAUGUUUUCAUCCCUGGAUUCGAUCGUGAUGGGAAAGGACGUCCAAAUUUCGCCAGCUUGGUAAUGGGGCAUAGGCUUUAUCAAUCAGCUGCAUCUAAAACAUUCCAGCCAAACAGAAAGGAAGUUGUAAAGCUUUUAGAAGAAAACCAUGAACACCUAUACCAAGCAAAUCAUACCUGGCUGACAUCAACACGCAGCCAUCUUAGAAGAAGUUUAAUUGAUGGAGUAAUAAGAGCAUCCACAGAAUCAAAGCCAUUGUCAUUUCUCUCCCAUCCAGUCCCAGAAUGUUCUUGCUUGAGAUCUGAUCUUACCAAAAGAUCAUUGCAUACUUCAAGCCCUUCUACUUGGGCACCAGUGGAGGCUGCCCUAGGAGUUAUGCAUCACUGCCCUAUGUGGAUGGAUAGUGGGAUAAAAACAAAAUUGAAGGAAAAAGAAAUUGAAGAGGAUCCUGAUGAAGAUAUUUCCUCAUCUUCUGGACUGUUUUUCAGGAAUAGUGGUGGAAAUCAUGAGAGUGGAGGUGGGGAAUUGAUCAAAGAAGAGUCUCAACUAGAUGAUCAAGAAGAACUGGAGGGCGCAGACUGAUAAGAGCCCAUGAGAUGUGCUAGUGGUCUCUUUGAGUGCCUUUGACACCGUCUCCUACCACGCUGUUCUGCAUGGGGUAUUGAUUUUUGCUAACUUGGAGGAAGGAAGGUUGUAAAGAGCAAUUGUCGGCUUCUGUCUUGAUGGGAGAGGGGAAGAACCCGAUGGCUUGAGCUCUUAGGCUCAACUGCAGAUACAUAUGCUCAGGUUGAAGCCCUUUUACAUCUACAUAUACUGUUGCAAGCUACUCAAGCUCCUUUGGGAAAAAAAUCAGCCUUUAUAUUGCAACCGGCAAAUCAAUUUUGAUGUGGAUAGCUUGCUUCUGAUGGAUAAUCCAGAAGCAGACCCAUCUUAGGGAGCUCCUAUAUUCCUAGGCAUGUUAAUGUAAACAUAUUUGAUAAUAGAACAGCACAUAUAUAGAAUCCAUGGCUAUAGCCAUUCCGGUGGCCUUUCUGCUCCUCUGGUCUGGCCUCUCUGUGUAAUAUAUGCGCUCAUGCCAAAUAAUGCUGCUCAUCUAUCUAUUUUUGUCUGGUUUCAGCUUUUAUUA